AUGAUUUUUCGCUAUUCUGCCAUUUUUCUCCUUGGAUUGUUAACAGUAACAUCCCUCGCUUCAACUAGUGUUACUGUUGAAGAGUUGACCAAUGCAAUUGGUGCUCCAAAAUGUAUGCAAAAAUGUAUGAAUUCAUUUAUUGUGAAUUUGUAUGAUGCUUUAACAAACUCUUCUAUUAACCAUGCAACAAAAGUUAUGUGCAAGGAGUAUGAUAAAUUUGUGGAAUGCACAACAAAAGAUCGCUAUGUUUGUCCGUAUGAAGUGGUGUAUAACUUUGCAUUUGAAGGAAUAAGUUCAUUCUGUUCUGAAAAGGAAACACCAAACUCAGCUUGCCUUGAUGAAAAGCUCAGUGUUGUUGCUAAAACUUGUGAUGGCAGAUGUCAUGUUUUAGAUCAAAUUGAUGACAUGUUUCAAAGGCGUACUAUGAAAAUAAUGGCAAAGCAUUCUGGUAAUCCACAAAUAUUUAUUGAAAAUCUUACUGAAUUUUGUCAAUCACUUUCUUGUUUUAUUCCAUGCUUUAAGAGAAAUUUGGAACGUGGAUGCGGAAAAGAUGGACAUCAUUUUUUGGUUCAUGCAGUCAAACCAUUUUACAGUCUGGUAAGAGAAAUGAAGAAGAAACCGGCAAUGAAACCUAUGCUCGAAAAGAGGGUACCAAAAACAUGUCAUUUUCUUUUUAACAAAGUUGUUCUUGAUUAUUAUACUACUUAUUAA